CAUUUUUUCAAACUGUCAUCCUCUAUUUUUUACUCUUGUUUCGUCAACUUCUUUUAGUUUUCGACCAUUAUGCAAGGAUAUUUUUAAUGCAUAAGCCAUAGACCCGAUAACGAUUCUCGCAGGGGAGAAAUUUGAUAUGAUUUGAAUGAUUUGAUUUGAGGCAAAAAUGGAUUUGCUAAUAUAUAAAGCAGUAGUAAUAUUCUUACUCUUAAUUUAGUCAUCUGGUCACCGCAUUGUGUUUUUAAUGAAAACAUGAGAAUUAUAUUUUAAUCCACAGCUGUUGUUGACAUUUUAUCUUCAUACUUGUGUUUGUUUUUCAUGUUUGUUCAUGUUUGUUCAUGUUUUUUGUUUAAAUCAAUUUCGCAAAUAUAAUGCUAAAAAGUCAGAGUGCAGUUCAAUUUGAUUAAAUGGAAUUUCAACUUUUAAAAUUUAAUAAACAUAAUACAGAAAAGUAAAUUAAAUGUGAACAAUAUUCAGAGAACUCUCGCAAUCUCUUUAGAACUACGCAACAAAAACUGAACCAAUCAAAACGAACCCUAAUAAAAAUUGAGCCAGUCAAAAGGAACCUUCGAAUUGAUAACGAAAUUUGAACCAGUCAAAACAAACCCUCGGAGUGAUAACAAAAAUUUCAUCUUAUUUUACGGAAGAGGAGGAAGGAAGAGAUACAUACAUAUUAAUUAUUUAAAGGAAAAAUUUUAAAAAAGAAAAGAAAAAAAAAACAAGCUUAACAACGGCCAACACCUACAAAUACAUUCAAAAUAGCCAAUUAUUGAUAAAUAGCCAAGAAAAUGGUUAAUUUUAGAAAUUUUCCUAAUAUCAUAUUCGUAUGGAUUUGCUGUUGUAUAGAACCCUUAAUAUGUUGUCAAGGCACCACUCAAUGCAAUAUAUUGGCCGUGCUACCGAGCGUGUGGAAAUCUCAUUAUCUAUUCGGACGUCAUUUAAUGCGACAAUUAAUAGAACAAAGGAAUUGCACUGUUACGAUAAUAAGUGCAUAUAGCACGAAAGAUGCAAUAAAGGAAGAAUCCAAGCAAAAUGGAAAACUGCAAGAAAUCUUGGUGGAGGGAUUAUUAAAUAAUUGGUUGGAAAUGGGCAUGAGUUUCGAUAUUGAUAAAAUACGCGAGAAAUCAAUACUGGAACGUUUCACACGACUAAUGUAUGCAAGCACCAGCAAUAUAGAUUUGUUACUGUCCGACGAAGGAGUACAUAAAAUGCUAAAAAGAAAAGAAAAAUUCAAUUUACUUGUAGUAGAUCUGUUUUUAAGCGAUGCUUUACUGGGUUUGGCUUUCUAUUACAAAGUGCCUGUGGUGGUCAUAAGUCCUAGUGGUUCUAAUACUUGGUUACAUCAAAUUUUCGGUAAUCCUCAGAAUGCUGCCUUAGACCCAAGCAGCUUUUUACCUUAUUCAGAGAAUAUGCACAUUUGGCAGCGUUGUUUAAAUACAUUGAUGGCUGUUUUUGAAAAAUUAACUUACAGUUUUUUUCAUAUGAUAGCGCAGCAAGUGGUCUAUGAAAAAUACUUUGAACCCUUUUGCAGAGAAUUGCCGCAUUCUAAAGAUCUCACUGAAAACUUAUCAAUGGCUUUGAUAAAUACACAUCCCAUAUUACAGUAUCCACGAGCUCAUUUACCGAAUAUGUUAAACAUAGCAGGAGUACACAUAAAAAGUGAUAAAGACUUACAUUUACCAGAGCUUUUAAAAGAUUUCAUUGACGAAGCUCCCGACGGCGUCAUAUAUAUGAGCUUAGGGGCGAAUGUUUAUGGUUUCCCAAUAGAAAAAUUAGACGUUUUUCUGCAUGUUUUCGAAGCACUGCCCGAACUACGUUUCAUUAUUAAAUAUGAAGCGGAAGAGCCUAUGCUUUUAACAAAGAAUACAACAUCACAACUAUUAAUACAUCACUGGUGGCCACAACAAGCCAUAUUAGCUCAUAAAAAUGUUAAAUUAUUUAUAAGCACUUGUGGUAUAAUGAGUACCGUGGAGGCCAUACAUUUUUUAAAGCCAAUAUUGGCUAUACCUAUAAUGCCGGAGCAACAUGUUCUUGCCAAUAGAUUAAAAAAUCAGGGUGCAGCAUCUCUACUUGUUUACGAGGAAAUUGCCUACAAUCAAUUACUGUUCCUUAUAAAAGAGAUAUUAACAAAUAUCAGUAAUUAUCAAGACAACUUAAAGCGUUUAAAACAUCUACUACUGGCGGACAUAAAUGGUAUUAGUAGCAUUGAACGGACACUGAACGCAAUUGAUUUGAUUUUAGAUACUCAAGGAGGAGAUUUUUUUAAAACUCAUAACCAUACAUUAAAUUUUUGGCGUACGGCUUUAGUAGAUGUCUUAGCCAUAUUGCUUGUCGGUUUUUUAAUAAUAUUAGCCGGACCAUUUUUAUUGAUAAGAUACUUUUUAAAAAGAUCAUAUCAAAACCAAACUAGGUUUAACGACCUGAAACGUUCAAGUAGUUAUCAUUGCUCUAUGCUAAACGAUCGCUUGAAUAUAAAUGAUAUAAACAGACAAACAGUAAAUAGACGACCCUCGUCUAUAUCGCAAAAUGGUCAGGAAUUUUUUAUAGAUGAAAGACGUUUUUGUGGAAGUAGUACCAAUCUACAUCAAAGACGUAAACGAAACUCUUCGAAUUGUUCAAAUAGUUCGUCGUGUUGUUUAUGUUCAUCAUCGUCAUCUUCAGCUCCAACCACCCCUUCAGCUAAGACCACUACAACAAGCGUUAUGUAAAAACGGUGCAAAAAACUAUUGUUCUUUUUUUUUACCGUUUAUUGGUUAUGUUAUUUAUAUUCAUUCGCACAUUUCAUUUAUCAAUGUUACCUAGAUGUUGGUCUUAUAGUCACAAACUGUAACUGUAAUCUCCUACAGUAUAAGAAAUUAUCAAGGCAAUGAUUUAAUACUGCCUACGUUGCACAUGCAAUUGAGAAUCCAGUCAUACGGCCGUUAACCUUAAUAGCCACUUAAUAGGUCUGUUAAACGACACCCGGAGCUAUUCCGAGCUAUCUAUCGAAAGGAGGACUCGAAAUAUCAAAUUCAAAUUUGUAUAGGAAAAUAGUUGAAAUCCCAUAUUUUAACAAAGCCAAGCAUUUUCAACAUUUUUAAAAAAAUAAGAAGCUUUUUUCCACAUUUCAAAAAACAUUUACCGAAAUAUGCAAAUAUUCAGCAUUAUGAAAAAAGCCAUUCGUGCACAUUGUGUGAUAAAAAAGUUCGGAAGGUUCGGAGCAAUACAUAUAACUUGUUCCAGUUAGUUCUCUGAUAUAACCCUUAACGUAGCUAUGGAAUAUUAGUUUUUCAUGUUCAUGCUAUCGUGUUUACGCUAAAACGCAGUUUGCGCAGGCUUAUAAGCGAUAACGGCUACGCCGUAUUUCAGAGGCUUAUCAUUUUUGAUUUUUGAAACCAUUGGCACAGAAGACAGACACAGAAAAUUGAUCACUUGUGUACUUUUGAUCAGGAUAAAAAUCUACCUUGAUUUGGAAUUGAAGUCCGAAAAGUCGUAAAUAUUUUAAUAUGAAACUGAAUUAUCUGACAGACAUCUAAUUGAUUGAUCUGAUGGUAUGUAUAGGUGAAUUUGAUUAAUCAGCGCGUGACUAUGGAUACACUAUGGAUACGAAUUAAAGCCCAAUAUCAAUCAAUUGUAGUGUACCGAUCUCUGUCCCUCUUUGUAUGUACAACUACUACAAAAUUUUGUUUAUCUUAUAAGACUUUAUAUAUAUGUAUAUGUAUACAUACAUACAUACAUACAUAAAACGUGUAUAUGUACAGUACCGACUGCAACCGUAAGCGUAUAGUCGGAAUUCUUAUGUAUUUUUUCAAUUAUUUAAAAAUAAUUGUAUUAUUGUUAGUAUUCUGCAAUGUAAUGCAAAAAGCAUAUUUUAUAUUAUUCAUUGUUUUUGUAAUCUGUUCGCUCAAUGUAUUGCAUAAAGUUAUGAAAAUUGUUAUCUCCUGUGCCAUCCAACGAUAAAACAGAAACGUCACGAUCGUCAGCAAUGAUGUAAUAUUGUAUAACGUAAGUUUGCUCUCGCUCUCUCUCUCUCUCUCGCUCUCU